AUGCCAAUGAAAUACAAAGCUUCUGCUGAAGGUAAAGCCGUCAAACCACCAGCAAUUGAAUCUCCAGGUAACAACUCCUUCUUAGGUGAUGUUCUUACUACUGAUGCUCCAAAGGAAACCCAAUUGUCUUCUGGUUUCUACAGACAAGACAAGGGUGAAGCUUUAGUUUACCACUACACUUACGAUGAAACCAAAAUCAUUUUAGAAGUCGAAGGUGAAUUCUUCAUCUCCGAUGAAACUGGAUACAAAGUUUCUGCUAAACCAGGUGAUGUUUUCAUCUUCAACAAAGGUACUACUGUUACUUUCGAAUCUACUGGUACUGCUCUUGGUUUCUUUACCGGUUUAAGACCACCAAUGUAA